AUGGAAAAGACUAAGGAACAGAUCUAAGAAUACUUCAAUAUUUUUGAUAAAGAUGGAAGCGGCUCAAUUGACAAGGAGGAAAUUAAGGAAUUGGCCUUAAAUGUAGGCCUUUAAUGGAACGACUAGAAGUUGAAUAAGAUCAUAUAAGCACUUGACACAAAUGGAGACGGCAAGAUUUCAUUUGAUGAGUUUUAUGAAUACUUCUUAUAUGGAGAACAGAAGCAAAUGGAUAAAUUGAUAUAGAAGAAAUUUAAACAUAUUAAAAAUGUUAAGAAUCUCCAUAAAAAGUUGAAUCAAGAAUAUGCACAUAUCUUUAACAAGAAUAAUGAUGAAGGAAAAUCCUAGUGUUCCAUAUCAUUGAAUGUUGGUGAGAAAUCUCAAGCCAAAUCAGCGUUGGAAUUUGCAGUGAGAGUUGGGGAAGACAAUAAGAAUUUUUCAUAAUCUCUUUUGAAGAACUUCCCAUAUGCAGGUGACCAUAUUGUUUCAAUUGUUUUUGGAUUUAAAUGUUAAAAUUCUGAUGCAGUCCAAGAGAAAUUUGAAGCAUUUUUUGAAGGCAUAAUUGAUUUGGCUUUAAACAUGAUUCCAGAGGAUAUCUCAUAGAAGAUAGCAGUAUUCAAAAAUGAUUUAAAAAUUGAAUACAAAGCUUUACCAGAGGAAUUAUUGGUUAGAUUCUAUAUGAAUAAUGAAUUAACAGAGAAUGUUCUGGUUGCUUAUAGAUUGAUCUCAGGAAUGUUUAUCCAAGAGAACAGCUCAAUAUUUGCCAAUUUGAAGCUUUAAUUCGUUGCAGGAUUAGCAGAUAUUGGUGCAACACCAAAUGAGAACAUUAUUAACUGGGUAGCCAAAGGAUUCUCAGCAAGUUUCGAUGCAACAGCUUCAAGUGAUCUUAUCGAAUAUGCUAGAUAAGGACACUAUGCUGCAAUUGGAAAAUACUUUGAGUCAUACAAAGUCAAAGUCUUAGAAUAAUUAACACCAUUGACAUUGAUGAACAAUGCAAGAUUGCAAUUCAAUUUCUAGUCAUAUGAAUAAUUUGUCUAGGAAAUGUAAUUGCCAGAAUUAAAUGAAGUCAAUUUGUCAGUUGCUGUCGAUCAAGCUAAAGGAGCUAAUGUCAAUGAAUUGAUUGGUGGAAUUCCAUUUGUUGGUGAACUAUUGGAUAUUUUGAGAGUAGAAGGAAAUGGAUAAAUUUAAUUGGCUGUGAUUUCACAAGAAGCCUCAGUGGCUAUAACAGCAUCAGGAGAAGGUGCCGCCUUGAUUUGGGAGAAGCUAAUUUGAUUGAAUUAUAUUGAAAAAAUCAAACAGAGCAUUUAUACAUAUUAUAUAA